AUAGACAUAAGUCAAAGUGUUUUCAUUUCGAACUACAACAAAAUCAACUAAAAUGAAAUUAGUCUUGUCAAUACUUUCAGUUCUCUUUGUUGUAAAUGCACAAGUUUCAGUGCAUAAUCCUGUCUACUGCUAUUCAAGUGAUCCAUUAAGACCACAAAAUGGAAUGCACGCAUCACAAUCGAGCUAUCAAGCCAUUCAUCGACCAAAUGUGAAUCCAAAUGUUUCAACUUGCACCCCAACAAGGCUUUGGUUUGUGAGUCGCCAUGGUGGUCGAUACCCUGACCCAGUUACAAUGCAAUCUAUGAUUGAGCUCGCUAAUGGACCUCUUCAAAAUAAUGUCAUCGAUAAUUAUCGAGCCGACUUACUUCCCUUUGUGCUGGAGAUUUUGAUCUUAUUCAAAAUUGGACACAAGAUCCACGCGCGAUUCUAUCAAAUGCUGAUUUGA